UUAGGAGGACCCUUAACAUGACCAAGUGGGCCUGCAUGUUGUGGGAAGAAUUGAAAAAUAUGAAUUUGUAGAACAUUGUUUUCCUUUGAGCUCAGUAGCCUACUAAGUUUGUAAAGGUAUUGUUCAAUGAUGAAGUGGAUCUGAAUAACAAUAGGCAUUGCAUCUUAACAGAGAAGCCAUUGUCCUUCAUCGCGAUAGUAAGCUUCCGUGAGUGCGGGAUGACGCAGUGCCCCUGCUACCGCUCGUAGGCGGAGUAUUGCUUUGCUCUCGGCAGUUGGCUGCUCGAGUCGUUCACGCUACGUAGUUUAAAAAAAAGGUUAGCCAAAUGACAAUGGCUUCCCAACCUGGCGGCGGGCUAGUUGGUGGACUAACCAGUCAGCCGACCAGCAGCUCAUCUCUUAGCUGGAAAAAGGAUGGCACACCCUCGGCCAAGUUCUGGGAGAACCCGGACACCGUGGCACAACUGGAGGGGGUUCGACUGUGGAUCGGGAAACACUACAAAAAGUAUGUGCAGGUGGACGCUCCCUCUGGAAGAGCCCUGGGCUCCCUGGUGCUCCAGCUGCUUCAGUUCCAAGAAGAGGCAUUUGGGAGACACAGCACCAACCCCUCACUCACUAAACUACCAACAAAGUGCUUCAUGGACAUGACGCCAGGCGGUCCUCUCUGCCACAUCCUGGGAACAGUCUACAAAUUCAAAAUGGACCAGGGCUGGCGCAGGUUUGACCUCCAGAACUCCUCCAGAAUGGAGCGGAACAUUGAGAUGUUGGUGGCUGUGGAGAACGCUCUGGUGCAGAAUGGUUGCCUGGCGUGGCCUGUGGUUUACUUGUCAGCUGGUCUGGAGCAGCGACUAGCCAGUCGAGUCAGUGACAUCAUCACUCGUCACCAGGGCACACUCACAGAGGACAAGGCCCAGGCCACUCACCAUGUCUAUCCCCCACUGACCACACAAGAGGAAGAUGAGUGGAUGAGGCCUGUGAUGAGGAGAGACAGACAUGUUCUGGUGCACUGGGGAGGUUAUCCUGACAGUUAUGACAGCUGGCUGUCUACCAGUGAUGUUGAGGGAGAGGUGGAGGAAGCCCCUAGUGCUGGUCGGCAGUGGAAGGUACACGUGAAGUGGGCAUUGGAUUUGGACUCGUUUAAUGAGUGGAUGAACGAGGAAGACUAUGAGGUGGACGAGAGUGGGAAGAGUGUCCACCUCCGCCAGCGCAUCUACAGUCGCGAUGAAGAGGAACGAAAGCUGAGUGGGAGGAAGAGACGGAGAUCCCCCUCUCCUCCGUCGUCGUCCGAGCCCAGAAAGAAAGGAUCAAAGAAAGGGUCUUCUGGGUAUUAUAAGAAGCGUGGUCAGCAGGAGGAGGAGCCAGAGGAGGAUCUGACCAAAGACAUGGAGGACCCGACGCCCGUGCCCAACAUGGAGGAGGUCGUCUUGCCCAAAAACGUGAACCUGAAGAAGGACAGUGAGAACACUCCAGUCAAAGGAGGGACCAUGGCUGACCUGGAUGAUCAGGAAGAUGAGUUUCUGUCAGGAGUUAGGGAAGAAGAAGAGGGGAAGCUGGAUUUUGGUGCUGGAGAGGAGAGUGCUACUGAACAAACUCAUCACAUCAUCAUUCCCAGCUAUACUAGCUGGUUUGAUUAUAACUGUAUUCAUCAGAUCGAGAGACGGGCCAUGCCAGAGUUCUUCAAUGGGAAAAACAAGUCCAAAACGCCAGAAAUAUAUCUGGCGUACCGUAACUUCAUGAUUGACACGUAUCGACUAAAUCCCCAGGAAUAUCUCAGUUCUACUUCUUGCCGACGCAACCUCACUGGAGACGUCUGCGCGCUUAUCAGAGUGCAUGCGUUUCUGGAGCAGUGGGGGUUGAUUAAUUACCAGGUGGAGGCAGAGAGUCGUCCUCUCCCCAUGGGACCCCCUCCCACCCCACACUUCAACGUCCUCACCGACUCCCCCUCCGCCCUCGUGCCCCUACAACACAGACCACUACAGGUCACUGCCUCCCAGCACAUGCUCCACUUCCCUGAGAAGAGCAGAGAGAAGCCGUCUGACCUGCAGAACUUUGGACUCCGAACAGACAUCUACGCCAGAAAACACCCCAAGAGUAAAGGUGCCAGCGCUGGGAGAGAAUGGAUGGAGCAGGAGACACUACUGCUGCUGGAGGCUCUGGAGAUGUAUAAGGACGACUGGAACAAGGUGUCGGAGCACGUGGGCAGUCGCACGCAGGACGAGUGCAUCCUGCACUUCCUGCGGCUGCCCAUCGAGGACCCGUACCUGGAGAACUCGGAGGCCUCGCUCGGCCCGCUGGCCUACCAGCCCGUCCCCUUCAGCCAAUCAGGGAACCCCGUCAUGAGCACCGUCGCCUUCCUCGCCUCCGUGGUCGACCCGAGGGUCGCCUCCGCCGCUGCCAGAGCAGCACUAGAGGAGUUCUCUCGAGUGCGUGAGGAGAUGCCUGCCGAUCUGAUCGAUGCAAAGAAAAUAUCAGAACCUGGACGCAGCUUUGGAGUACAAGUUAAGACAGAUUCUGACCGAAUGGAUACAGAUGCCGAGCAGUCUGAAAGGACUGAGGACAAGUUUGAGGGCGAGCCCCCCUCCGCAGAGUCAACAGACGGCAAGCGAGUGAAGAGCGAGACCACAGAACAGGAAGUGAACGAGGGGGAGAGAGGUGACGAGUGCCCAUCAGAGGAGGGCCUGGAGGCGGGGUCUAUGCUGGUGGAAAGGGAGGACACUAUGGAGAGGGCGGAGCUUGAGCUGGUGGAGGCAAAUAUCGCCACGGCAGCAGCUGCUGCUCUCGCCUCUGCUGCCACUAAAGCCAAGCACCUGGCGGCGGUGGAGGAGCGCAAGAUCAAGUCUCUGGUGGCCCUGCUGGUGGAGACGCAGAUGAAGAAGCUGGAGAUCAAGCUGAGACACUUCGAGGAGCUGGAGACCAUCAUGGACCGCGAGAAGGAGGCUCUGGAGCAGCAGAGGCAGCAGUUGUUGACUGAGAGGCAGAAUUUCCACCAGGAGCAGGUGAAGUAUGCAGAGUUGAAGGCCAGACAACAGCUAGAACAGCCGGCACCCACACACACACCAGGUUUCAACCUACAGCACGGGCGUGUGAUGGCUACAGGGGGAGCAGGUCAGAUGAUGGGACCUCGACAGCCAGGAGCCCCAAAUGGCAUGUACCCCACACCACCCAACGCACAGCCUGAUGGGAUAGUGCCCGUUUCUGCUGGUCCUCCAGGAGUACCACACAUCCCAGGACGACCUGUGACAGACAGCUGAGAUCACACCCCUUUAUACACAACCCAUCACAUGAUUCAGCGAACACAUCAUCUAACGAACCAGCCAAUUACAGACAUGUGUUACAGUGUCCUCUAGUUAGACCUCCUGAAGUUCGUCUACAAAAAGGAAAUCUAGGUACCUUUUUUGCCCAUAUAUGGAGAUCCAGGAACCAUCUUUGCCCAUAUAGGAAGAUCCGGAUCUCCUUAUAGGCAAAGAUGGCAGCCUUGGGUCCCUUUUGUAGGUGAACUUCAGAGGUCUAUAAACAACCAGUCACAAAUGGCUGAGAACACACACACACACGCACACUCCAACAUCCAUACACUGUCACAGAGAUGUGUGUAUUGAGCUGAAGGCCUCAUCUGGCGCUGUGGAUGCAGACGUGUGGAUGAUCAUGAUUUCCCAGCAUCGUGUGUGUGUCCCUUAUGUAUAUUAACCUGGCUGAAACACUGCAGGUUCUCCGUGUCCACUCUGUUGUAUUUGUAUUUGUAAUAUUCCAGUGGUCAAUGCUGUUGCUUUUGUUGUUGUUUUGUUUUGUUUUUAAGACACAUGCCUUGUGAUUUUUGUACCUGCUUUUACUUCAGUGUCACUGAUGUUUACGCUUGUUGAGUUUUGAUAAGGCUGUAUGUAAUCAGUCCAAGUCUAACAGGCUAAGUCACUUGUCAAAUACAUUUGUUUUGUAUAAAAUUA